ACAUCUACAGUAAGGCUACUGUAGAAUGUUAGUUCCAGUAACUUUCUGGCAACAGUUUUGCCAAUGAGUUAACUGUAAACAUACAAUAAAAAGUCUUAACAGUGCGGCAAUCAUUAACUUACACACCGUACUUCAUGAUGCCAACUUCUGUGAACUGUUACUUGUCAUCACAGGGCACAGUUUCAGAAUGAAGGUUACUGCUGUUUUGUUUUUGCUGUGCUGUGGUUCAUCAGGAGUCAAUGGAGACAAUAAUAUAAGUGAGAACGAUAUUAGUCAGGAUGGUCUGCACAACACAAAUAGCAAUACCAUACCCAGGAACCAGGCCCAGGAAGAUGGAGCCGAGGCAACUCUGUCAUCUUCUACCAAAUGCACCCAAACUGACGUCCAUGCCGUGCUGAGGGAGAUGAGUGCUUUGCUGGCUGAUCAGAGAGCUGAGCUCAGACAUGUGGUGAACGACCUGGAGAAGCUGAGGACUACAUUUGAGGCUCAGUCCAUCCAUCUAAAUGCAGCUGUGGAAGAACUGAGAGGGGAAAGUGAAGCUCAGUCCAUCCAUCUAAAUGCAGCUGUGGAAGAACUGAAAAGGGAAAAUAAAGAACAAGCAGCUCAGCUCAAUGCUAUGAAAGCCUGGUCCAACACUACUGAGACGCAAGUCAUGGCCCUGGAAAGAGAGAAUCGAGGGAGGAAGGUAGCUUUUUCAGCUGCAAUGUCUGUUCAACUUAAUACCGGACCCUUCAACCGUGACUACACUUUGGUAUAUAAGCAUGUCUUUGCAAAUAUUGGCAAUGCAUAUAACCCAAGCACAGGCAUCUUUAGAGCACCAAUAAGAGGAGUCUAUCAAUUUGACUUCAAGGUCUACGGUUCUGGUAGCAGCUCCACCCCAUCAGGAGUCAUUUUACGGAGAAAUGGGCAGCAUGUGCUUAUUGCUUAUGGUAGCCAAACCCAAGGGAAUAUCCACGUCUCUAAUGGAGUGUGUCUGCUGCUAGAGGUGGGAGAUGUGGUCUAUGUGCAACUCUACUCUGGUGCAUGGAUAUAUGAUAAUUUAAAUCAUUACAACACCUUUAGUGGUCAUCUACUUUUCUUAAUGUGACAAGUGAGUUGAAGUCACAAAACACAAUCAAGAAAAAAAAGUCUCAAUUAAAAAAAAAAUCUUAUGUUUUUAUUAUGUUCUUAUGUUUUUAUGUCCACUGUUUCGGUGAGCCCUCAUGUUGUAUUUGUGUCUUUAUGAAUAUGCUCUCUCUGCUGGCCCUUUUGGGACACCUUGAACCUUGAACCUAAUUUGCCUCUACUGUUAAUGUGGUGCAGUAGAUCCUAGAUAAAGUUGAGGAAGUAACUGAUUACAAUUCUACUGCAAGCUCUGAUUGUACUAAAAACCUUGUGAAACAAACACAUUAAAUAACA